GGGGGGAUCUAUGGGGUGGAAUUAUAGGGCUGGGCCAGGUCGGGGUGAGCUGUGGGGUCGGGGUGAGCUGUGGGGCUGGAGCUCUAUGGGGCUGGAGCUCUAUGGGGUCGGAGAUCUCUGUGGGGCUGGAGCUCUAUGGGGCUGGAGCUCUAUGGGGCUGGAGUUCUAUGGGGCUGGAGCUCUCUAUGGGGCUGGAGCUCUAUGGGGUCAGCACUCUAUGGGGCCAGGGUUCCCUAUGGGGCUGGAACUCUCUAUGGCGCUGGAGCUCUAUAGGGCUGGAGCUCUCUAUGGGGUCGGAGCUCUCUGUGAUCGGAGGUGUCUAUGGGGCUGGAGCUCUAUGGGGUCGGAGAUCUCUAUGGGGCUGGAGCUCUAUGGGGCUGGAGCUCUCUAUGGGGUCAGAGAUCUCUGUGGGGUAGGAGCUCUCUAUGGGGUCGGAGCUCUAUGGGGUCAAAGCUCUCUGUGGGGUCGGAGCUCUAUGGGGCUGGAGCUCUAUGGGGCUGGAGCUCUAUGGGGUCGGAGAUCUCUAUGGGGCUGGAGCUCUUUGGGGCUGGAGUUCUAUGGGGCUGGAGCUCUCUAUGGGGUCAGAGAUCUCUGUGGGGCUGGAGCUCUAUGGGGUCAGAGCUGUCUAUGGGGCUGGAGCUCUCGAUGGGGCUGGAGCUCUAUGGGGCCAGGGUUCCCUAUGGGGUCAGAGCUCUAUGGGGUCAAAACUCUCUAUGGGGUCGGAGCUCUCAAUGGGGUCGGAGCUCUAUGGGGCUAGGGUUCCCUAUGGGGCUGGAACUCUCUAUGGGGUCAGCACUCUAUGGGGCUGGAGUUCUAUGGGGCUGGAGCUCUCUAUGGGGUCGGAGCUGUCUAUGGGGCUGGAGCUCUAUGGGGCUGGAGCUCUCUAUGGGGCCAGGGUUCCCUAUGGGGCUGGAACUCUCUAUGGGGUCAGCACUCUAUGGGGCUGGAGUUCUAUGGGGCUGGAGCUCUCUAUGGGGUCGGAGCUCUCUAUGGGGCUGGAGUUCUAUGGGGCUGGAGCUCUCUAUGGGGCCAGGGUUCCCUAUUGGGUCGGAACUCUCUAUGGGGCUGGAGCUCUCUAUGGAGUCAGAGAUCUCUGUGGGGCUGGAGCUCUAUGGGGUCAGAGCUGUCUAUGGGGCUGGAGCUCUCGAUGGGGCUCGAGCUCUAUGGGGCCAGGGUUCCCUAUGGGGUCAGAGCUCUGUGGGGUCAAAACUCUCUAUGGGGUCGGAGCUCUCAAUGGGGUCGGAGCUCUAUGGGGCUAGGGUUCCCUAUGGGGCUGGAACUCUCUAUGGGGUCAGCACUCUAUGGGGCUGGAGUUCUAUGGGGCUGGAGCUCUAUGGGGUCAGAGAUCUCUGUGGGGUCGGAGCUCUCUAUGGGGCUGGAGCUCUAUGGGGCCAGGGUUCCCUAUGGGGUCGGAGCUCUCUAUGGGAUCGGAGCUCUCUAUGGGGCUGGAGUUCUAUGGGGCUGGAGCUCUCUAUGGGGCCAGGGUUCCCUAUGGGGCUGGAACUCUCUAUGGGGUCAGCACUCUAUGGGGCCAGGGUUCCCUAUGGGGCUGGAACUCUCUAUGGCGCUGGAGCUCUAUAGGGCUGGAGCUCUCUAUGGGGUCGGAGCUCUCUAUGGGGUCGGAGCUGUCUAUGGGGCUGGAGCUCUCUAUGGGGUCCGAGAUCUCUAUGGGGCUGGAGCUCUAUGGGGUCAGAGAUCUCUAUGGGGCUGGAGCUCUAUGGGGUCAAAACUCUCUAUGGGGUCGGAGCUCUCGAUGGGGCUGGAGCUCUAUGGGGCCAGGGUUCCCUAUGGGGCUGGAACUCUCUAUGGGGUCAGCACUCUAUGGGGCUGGAGUUCUAUGGGGCUGGAGCUCUCUAUGGGGUCGGAGCUCUCUAU